AUGGAUUCUGGGUGGGUGGGCGAUGUGUGCGAUAUGGGCUUCCAGAUGAGGUGGCUCCUUCUCGCCCUUCUCAUCCUGCCAUCCCUAUCGAAUUCGGGAAGAUACGAAGAACUGAAGCCGGUGACGAUCUUCCAUGCUGGACAUCCUCUAGAGCGGAUGGUGACGACGAUCGGGUGUCGGAAGGAGAUUCAUUUGCCGGAUAUUCACGAUGUUAUUGCGCCGAUUCGAGAGGCGCUUCUCACAAAACAAUACAUUCUAACGGAAAUGAUGCGAGACGCGAAAAAACCACGCGAUGAGAAUGCGGAAGUCCAAAUGGUCGUUCUAAAAGACGAUCAUCAAAAAUCGAUGGGUCUCACGACGUUCUGGGUCCGUAAGACGUUUUUCCGCCUGCCGGACCGUGAAAGAUCAGUGAUUCGAGUGUUUAUCAACGAGUUGGAGGAUAGCGAAUUGAACGAAUACUGUCGGAAUAAGAGCUAUCCGUUUAUUCGAUUGGCUACCUCCAUUGCGAUCAAUGAGUUCUUCUUCACACCCGUUCUGAUUUGCGAUUAUGGAGUGCCAGCCUGCCUAGCUUUGGGCCGAGGAACCGAGUACGUCUACGCUGGCGUCUUCUUCUUUUUCAGCUUUUUUGCCACCAUGUGUUGCGAUAGCUGCUACCGAAAAUGCAACUCCGACGACGACUACAGUGACUACGAUCAAUCGGGAUUCCCCACCAACGCCUCGUUGCCACCAGAAUUUCAAUUGCAUUCGUCGAGAGAACGCAAAAAUUGGCAUUGGUACGAGGAAGGGCACGAGCAACAGUAUCCAUAUGGUACCGGACGAUGGGGAGGACCCAGAAUCAAUCCAUUCGAAGAGCCAAUCAUGUGUUGA